UCGCUAUCAACCACGGAAGGCAGAUCCAUCCUGUUGUGCGACCAUAUAUCUGCUUGCCCCCGAUCCUACUAGACUGUGGUGUCGUUGAACAUGUCCGACCCCUCGACCACGCCGCCUGCGCCAGGCGCCCCACCAGCGGACCAACCACAGGGUGUGGGCCAUAUUGAGGUGGAUACGGCAGAGGGCUUCGGUGAUCUCGAUUCUGGGUUUGGCGAUACCGCAAGCGAGACGACGUCGCUGGCUUCAUCGGUUCGGAAUCACCAAUACGAAAAUGGCCGACGAUAUCAUUCGUACAAGGCUGGAACCUACCUCUCGCCGAACGAUGAGCAGGAGGCCGACCGAUUAGACAUGCACCAUCAUAUGAUGCUGCUCCAACUCAAUGGCGAGCUGCAUCUUGCUCCCCUGGAUGAGCACUUCUCCGGGCGUGUAUUGGACCUUGGGGCCGGAACAGGAAUCUGGGCUAUGGACAUGGCGGACAAGUAUUCUGCCGCAGUCGUCACGGGCAUCGACCUCAGCCCAGUUCAAGCGCAAUUCGUCCCCCCGAACUGCUACUUCGAAGUCGACGACAUGGAAGAGCCAUGGACCUACCGACAUCCCUUCGAAUUGAUCCACGCAAGCUGGCUGGCCGGGUCCAUCCGCGACUGGGACCAACUCGUCAAGCAGUGUUACGACAACCUCACCCCAGGCGGAUGGGUCGAGUUCAAGGACUGGGACUACCGCCCCCGCUUGCCCGAUGGCUCGCUCGAUCUCCCCGACAACACUGUCAAGAAGUGGCACAAAGUGGUCAUGAGCACGGCCGAGGAGAAGGCAGGGAGAUCGACCACCCCGGCGGUGGGUCUUAAGGACCGGGUGACCAAGACGGGUUUCGUGAAUGUGCAGGAGACGGUUUUGAAGACGCCUAUUGGCAUCUGGCCCAAGGAUCCGGUGUUGAAAGAAAUUGGGAGGUGCUACCGGUUGGCCCUGGACGAGGGGUUGGAGGCGAUCAGUUUGCGGAUGUUGACCCAGCUAGCGGGCUGGUCAACGUUAGAGGCUCAAGUGCUGAACGCUGAUUUUAGAAAAGCGAUGAAGGAAUUCCCUUUCUACCACAACUAUCACGUCAUCUACGGCCAGAAGCCGCCGGCGGGGACUUCAUGAGUGUUCAUGUUGCAAAGGUGCGACCAUACCGCAUUUCCGACUGUUCGAAUGCCACCAGGUGGAUACGUUAUUGUGGGUGGCAUUAUUUGGACUGAGUACACUACUUCACACGACUGUUACGAUUCUCCUUGUUAUUCAGUAAGCUU